UCCAAUGCAGCAAUGUCCACGUCCAAUGUUCAACAUUGCGAAGAAGAUCUAGACGCUUAUUUGCCCGCUUUGCCUCCCGAUCUUCUUGCAGAACGACAAAGAAAAAAAGCUGCUAAACUAGAACAAAACGUUGACUCUCAACUAUUACCUAAGGACUUUGAAAAAAACAAAGAUGAUCUUAUAUUACAGCAGACAAUUCAAGAGUUCGAAGAAAGAGCUGAAAAGAUGCGUCAAACAUUAGAGCCUGACGAUAAAGCAGACAAACCUUUACAGCGUGGAGAAUGGAUGCUCGUGCCACCAGAAUCAACAUUUUUAGGAGAGACACCAACCAACAUGCGUUCUCGCCAAUUUAAACGAAGGACGCAUGAUCCAGAAAAAAAUGACAAUUCACUUUGGACAGAAACUCCUGCCGAUAGGCAGAUAAGAUUACAAAAAGAAAUUACUGACAUUGAAAAAGCUGAAACUAUCCAAGCAUAUAAUGAACUACAUCGACCAAAAUCACUUUUAGAGACUCAUUCUGAAAGUUAUACCAAAUCGCGUAGAUGGAAAGAUGAUGAUGUUAGCAAACGUCCAUUUGAUCGCGAAAAAGAUGUAUUAGGCUCACGUCGUAUGGAUUCACGUAAACGCAAAGAGUUUAUAGAUAAUGCAAAAGAAUUGAGCUCCAAGUUCGGACAUGGGAAAGGUGGUGUAUUCUUGUAA